AUGGACGAAUUUGUUGAAGACCAUGAGCCAAACAAGGAAGGAAGCCUUUCGACAACUCUGGUAAGCAAUGGGUGUGUCGAUUUUCUAGGUGGAAUUGCUGACAAGCAAACGACUGGAGGAUGGAAAGCCUCUCCGUUUAUUAUAGUGAAUGAGGUGGCGGAGAGGUUGGCAUUUUUCGCAAUUGCGGUGAACAUGGUGGCUUACUUGGUGUUUGAGAUGCACCAGUCGCUUCCUGCUGCUGCUACUCAUGUGACCGAUUGGAUAGGGACUGCUUAUGUCUUGACAAUCCUUGGAGCAUUUCUUGCUGAUGCUUAUUUUGGCCGCUUCAAAACCAUCAUCAUCUUCUCUUGCGUCUAUGCUGUGGGAACGGUGGUGUUGACACUCUCAGCCUCCAUAGACAGCCUACGUCCACCUCCAUGCACAAAACGACCGUGCAUUGAAGCAACGAACGGCCAAACAGCAUUCCUCUAUGGUGCCCUUGCCCUUAUAGCUCUCGGGACGGGCGGGAUCAAGCCAUGUGUCUCAUCCUUUGGUGCCGACCAAUUCGACGAGGCAGACGAAAAAGAAGUCCAGAAGAAAUACGCGUUCUUCAACUGGUUCUUCUUAGCCAUAAACAUGGGCGCACUGCUAGGCAUCACACUUUUGGUGUAUUUAAAAGAGAAGAAAGGGUCGGGUUGGGGUUUUGGAGUUCCCGCGGUGGCUAUGAUCGGCUCCAUCAUUAUACUGGCUGCCGGAGUGCCAACUUAUCGCUACAAAAAGCCAAUGGGAAGCCCUUUUACCAGGUUUCUUCAGGUCACUGUGGCCUCUCUCAGGAACCAUUUUAGAGGGGUUGAGGUGGGGCGUGAAGCUGACCUUUAUGAGGUCAUCACCAAGGAGUCCGAUAUCUUUGGGGCUCGGAAGCUACCUCGUACCGCGCAAUACGGGUUUUUGGACAAAGCAGCAGUCAUCACAGACCCAGAAGCCAACGGCAGCAACCGCUGGAGGCUGUGCACAGUGACCCAAGUGGAAGAGUUCAAAUCCUUCAUCAGAGUCCUCCCCGUAUGGGCAUCCACCAUAGCCCUCUCUAUCUCAUUCGCCCAACUCUCAACCUUCUUCAUCAGCCAAGCUAGCUUCACAGACCGUACCCUGGGCUCCAACUUCGUCAUCCCAGCUGGCUCCGUCCCCGUUUUCAGCGCCGUCAACGCCCUCAUCCUCAUCCCCAUCUACGAAAAACUAAUUGUCCCCGUGCUCCGCAAAAGAAACGGCCACCCCCGCGGCAUCACAUCCUUGCAACGAAUGGGUGUCGGCCUCUUUGUUUCAAUCUUCGCCAUGGCUUCAGCCGCUUUGGUUGAAAAGAAACGCCGUGACCAUUCGCAGGCAAAACCACUGAGCGUCUUUUGGUUGUUCCCUCAGUUCUUUCUCAUGGGCAGUGCCGAAGUAUUUACUUACGUGGGACAGCUGGAGUUCUUCUACGAUGAAGCUACCGACGGGACGCGAAGCAUUAGCAGUGCAAUUUUUCUAAGUGAGGUUGGGAUUGGAAGCUGGUUGAGCACUGCGUUGGUGAAGAUCGUUACGAGUGCGACUGGUGGGGAAGAGAAAGGGUGGCUGAGGAAUAAUUUGAACAAGAGCCGGCUUGAUUACUUCUAUUGGAUCUUAACGGCUAUUAAUGUGGUUAAUUUUUUGAUGUAUUUGUUAGUGGCUCGAAGUUAUAAGGGCAGGGGUCCAAGAGGAAUUGUGCGAGAUGAGCCCGUGGAUGAUGGGUUGGGUGAAGUAAGUGUGAUGUUUUAG